ACAAGAAGCAUGAAGAACUCAAUUGUGUUUCCCCUUCUUUUUGUGUCUCUUCUCUUGAGUCUCUUUGUGGCCCCUUCUCUAGGCCAACAACCCAAGCUUUGCCCAACAACUUUCGGUUUCCCAGUUAAAGCUGUAUGUGGAUAUGAAGGGAAUCCCAGAUGUUUUGAUGAAGCAAUAAGACGGUUUCCAGCAAGUGCAAUGCCUCAAAAAUGUUCAUGCAGUGAUGCCAGACCAGCGAGUAGCCAAUGCCUGUGUCAUAUUGUUUGUACCAAUCCCGCAAACAAAACGAUUGUUAAGUAAUUGCAGCUGCUUUUUCUGGCAGAGUUUACCAGAAAAUGUUUUGUUGAAUAAGCUUUUGUGGGAUUUUGCCAUUUUUCAAUCUCUACCCUAUGUAUCAUUUGAAAGCCAUAAUGAUAUUGAGAGGAAUAAUUAAGCCAAUGUAACUGUGUGGAUUCCGAAACUAUCCAGUUUUCGACCUGUCCCAGUUUUGAGGUCUCCCCC